CCAGGUCUUGCAGCAAUACUGAUGGAGGAUCAGCCUCCUCUUACACUUUCUUUGGCUGCACACACUCACAGCAAAACACACGCACAAGUUCACAUGCCUGUCUCCUGCCUGCGAUUAUACUCCAAAUCGGACUCACUCUUGCCUGCUUUCCCGAGUCAACCCUACUGCUUUGUCAGUCGCUGCUCCAUCGGAGCCAGAUCACACAAGACUCUGCCAGAGAAAGGACUCCACCAGCAACCGUCACCCUCGGCGUUUCAGUUGUUCAACUUGGCUAUUUUGGAGGACUUUAAAGAAGAACUGCCUGAAGCACAUGCAGAGAGAGAUUUGACUAACUAGGAAUCAGUUCAUAUUACUCUCAGUCGAGUGGACAAAGGGACCGGUGGCCUCUCGCAUCAGAUGGCUACAACUAUCCCAACCACAGAAGUCUGAGGAGAAGUCAAGCCAAAGGUCUGUCUUCCGUAGGAUUUUCCCUCUUUCUUUAUGUUUAUUUUAAGUAGUUACUUUCAAUACUGCUGUGCACUGAAGAACCUCCUGAACUUUACUACGUCACAUACACUGGGAAGACCCUUUUUUAAGGCAUAACUUCAAAGAUGGAACUUUUAACAGACAGUCCACGUGUGCGCUCGGACAGCACGAGCAGCUCGGCAUCUCAGGGCUCAAAGUCGAAGACGGUUCUUCGCCAGCGUUUGUCCCAGCUGCUGACCUGCAUCGAGGACAUGAGCUCUGACGACGAAGCCAGUGAAGAGGUGUCACGCACGCUGGAAGAAGCAUUUCAGCUCUGUGGACGCUUCAUUCCCACAGAUGCAUUCAGGAUCCACAUUGUGACCUGGAAUGUGGCCACAGCAGAGCCUUCUGAAGAUGCCACCUCUUUGCUCCAACUAGAUGCCCAGCCGCCUCCAGAUCUCUAUGUGAUUGGCCUUCAGGAGGUAAAUGCCACCCCAGUGAGGUUCAUCACAGAUCUGAUAUCAGAAGACUCCUGGAGCCAUGUCUUCACGAACUCACUGGCACCCAGAGGCUUUGUCAAGGUCACGUCAGUGAGGAUGCAGGGUUUGCUGUUGCUGCUGUUUGCCAAACAGAUUCAUCUUCCCUACAUCAGAAACAUCCAGACCACCUACACUCGGACCGGCGUGUUUGGCUACUGGGGUAACAAAGGAGGAGUGUCUGUGCGCUUUUCCUUCUAUGGACACAUGAUUUGCUUCCUCAACUGCCACCUAGCUGCUCACAUGAACAACGCUUUGCAGCGCGUUGACGAGUUUGAGUACAUACUGGAGACGCAAGACUUUGACAUCUAUGACACCCCACAAAUCCGGGACCACAAGGUGGUGUUCUGGUUUGGUGAUCUGAACUUCCGCAUCGCAGAUCACGGUUUGCACUUUCUCCGCUCAUCCAUCAACAGCGGCCGGCUAAAUUUGCUGUGGGGCAAAGACCAGCUCAUCAUGAUGAAGAAGAAGGAAGCUUUCCUGCAGGAAUUUGAGGAGGGACCGUUAAAUUUUAAACCCACCUACAAGUUUGACCGUAACUCCGACACCUAUGACACCAGCACUCCAAAGACAUGGUUGGGUUUAAAUGGAAAGAAGAGGAAGCCGGCAUGGACAGACCGGAUCCUCUGGCGCAUCAAACCCAAGCCCCUGCCAUCAGAGGAAGAUGAUGAGAAGGCAUCAACUUCCACAGAUGAAGAACAGGAUGAGUAUCCAGUCCUGGUCACCCAGGAUAAAUACACAAGUGACAUGAGCUAUGGAGUCAGUGACCACAAGCCUGUCAUUGCAACCUUCAGCCUGGAGCUGAGAAAAGUCUUUGACACACCACUGGUGCGAGUGUCUCCUGUGGGCAUAUGGAGCGCAGGCCAGGAUGCACUUUUGACCUACUCUGUCCUGGAGGACUUUAUGUCUUCUACGUGGGACUGGAUUGGCCUGUACAAGGUGGGAUUUAAGACUGCGUCUGACUAUGAAACCUUUGUUUGGGUUCGAGAAAAUGAACUGCCAGAGAUAAAUGAAGUCAUACAGAUUUCUGUGGAUAAAGGUCAGAUUCCUCUGUUAGGUGGACAGUACGUUUUGGGGUACUACAGCACAAACAUGCAAAGCAUCACUGGCCUCAGUGAUAGCUUCCAGAUCCUGGAGUCUAAGCAUGCUGUCAUGGAAGGCCUGGUUCCCGAGGAUAUCAAUGGAGUCAACAAAUAAGAACAGAUUCUCUGCAGUGCCACGUCUUAUUCCUCUCCGCUGCAAAGUCACACAGAUCUAAAUCAGGCUAUAAAAUUGCCCCAAGGUUAACUCCUUAAUCUACUGGAUGAGCAGACUCUGUCAUUCAUGUUGGCCCCCACAAUUUGUCAUCAUGUUAACUCCAGUUUGUUAUUUCCUACUUUGCCUUUAAGGUUCAGGCUCACUCUUGCUGAAACAAGAUCUCUAAUAAAAAAAAAAAACUUUAA